CUUAACGCCACUCCCCGCUGUCCGCCAACCUUCGGGUCAUCUCUCCCAACCUUUCUACUCUCUUCCAAUCAUGCGGAUAAAUUUCCAACUGGGAAAUGAUAUGAUAUCAUCCAACCUUCUCUUCUCUUCCUUCUCACUCCCUCCUCAGUGGGCUCUUCUUGCCAGCCCAAACCCUAGCCCUGCUUCUACUGUUUAUCCAUCUUCACCGCCGUCUCCAAUACACGCUCGCCGCUUCCUUUGUCGCUGCCGGCGCAGGCACUCUUCCUCGGACCCAAACGCUGAGUCCGUCCGGGCCGGUCGGUUCGGAUUUGGGGACAAGGGCAGCAGCGGAGAGGUGAGCGGAGAUUUCGGGCAAGGCGGCCCACGAAGAUGGUGGUCUGACGGCAACCUGGACGGCGACUUCAAGGAAGAAUUCGACUCUAUUGAUGAGGAGGAAGAGGAUGGUGAACAGCUAUGGGAUAAAAUAUGGAUAUUUAAGGUUUUCAAGUCAUAUGGCUACCUGCUCCCUGCCAUCAUUGCAUCAAUCCUUCUUGCCACAGGUCCAAAAGCUUUCCUAAUGGCAUUAGCGCUACCUUUGGGGCAAUCUGCAAUUUCCCUUUCCAUCGAAAAGUUGUGGGGUGGUGGAAAGGAAGAGACAAGGACUAGUCCAAGGAGCAGGAGGAAGAGGAAGCCAUUUUCGGCCUCCUCCUAUGAUUUUCGAAAGCAGGAGCAGGAUGAAAGCGGCGUCGAGAAUGAGCAAAACGAGUUCUAUAAGUCGUGGGUAGCGACAGAGAAUGGUUUCAAUGAUGGGAGGGGGAAGUUUUCGGGACGCUCCCGUUUUGGAGGAUGGGAUGAGUUGGAUCAACCGAGGAGACCAGCAAGGCGGCGGGCGCCGCCUGGAGCCGGUAGCUCGUUCAAAUCUGCUCCAGGGGAGAUGGGGAAGUUGUCGAAGAAGGGAAGAUACAGAGAUGCUCCUCUGUUUCUAAGGCUCUUAAUUGCAGUUUUCCCUUUCCUGGGAUCAUGGAUUAAAAUAAUGUGAAGCAGUUACUGAAUUUGGGUUCUGCUUGGAACCGGUUGUAGUGUUUAUAAAAAUAUUUGCAGAACUAUUGUUAAAAAAGAAUUUUUUUUUUUCGUUU